GCCCCAGUGAAUGGGCUGAACAUUGUAUCUAGUCAUUAUCAGUUCAGCCAUUCACAUAUACUGGGUUCAUCCUCUCAUCUAGUGCUUUUGGCAUGUUGGAUUUCAUAUGUACGUUGAAAGGAUUUAAAAAAAUAAAUAUGCUAAGCAGUCGGUAAUAAGCUAGAACAGGAAGAUCCAAGCCAUGAUAUAAUUUAAAAAUCCAAACAAGCAAUUAGUAGACAUCAGUUUCAAUGAGCCAACACAAAUUAAAACGUGACCCUCACACGUGAAGUUAGACAAAUAGCUUAGCAUUGGUAAAUGACCUGUAAAGAAGUUGCCCAACUUGGUUUAUUAGCGCUGACUGGUUGAACAAGGCAUUCAUUAGACGAUCACGUUCCAAAGCUACAGAAUUGAGAGAGGAAAUGGCCGAUCAAUGUGUGCCAGAGAGUAUAUAAUGGCAGGGGGAUGAAUUAAUAAUUAUGUGAGGGAAAUGAUUUAAACUGGAUACCAUGACUGGUGAUGAUGCCUGGUCACUCCACCUCUACCAGGAUCUUCAAUCCACUGGACAUCCUUGCCAACGCAGCCAGCCUCAUCCCCAAAACAAUGACCCCCCAGCAAGACACCGCUCCCUCUGAUCCACCCCCCACCAACGACAAUGUCUCAACCACUGAGGACUUGGAGAAGAUGUUUGACGAACACAAUUAUGGCAAUGCAAAAAAAGUAGUUGUUAAUAAAAUCAGUCACUCAAGUUUCUCGUCUGAUUUCGUGCCUCAAGGAAAAGACGGAGUCAAGUUAAAAGACACCAAUAGGAGAGUGAUUGUGACAGUUGUUAACAGGUCGGGAGACCAACGAGUGGUAAAGACUUUCAGUAGUGUAAAAUCUGUCAAAAACAUCCUCAAGACCGAUGUCUGUGUAGACAAGCAGAGUGAAGAGGAAGGAGAAAAACAAGAGAACUCGGAUGCUGCAAAGACACCAGAACCCGUUACCAUCUUUUCGUCUGAGAAGUGUAAACAGAACAAGGAGCCUACAACAGAUGUUAUAUCCCAGGAAAACGGAGCCUCACCAGUCAGUGUGAAUUCAAAAUCAAUAGACCUUCAUCAAGCAGUGCAAAAUACCUGCGAAAAUGAGACUGAACCCAAUACGUCAAUAGCAGAGAAGACGGGGAGCAACUCUAGUCAUCCACUGAACAAAGAACAGGUGAAUUCAGCACAGGUGACCCGUGUGAAUACAAAUAGCCCGGAGGAACAUCAAGGUGAGAGCAGCAGUGUUACCUGUCCAUCAAGUCAUCAAAGUGUGGAAGAAAGUUCAACAUGUAAACAGUCCCAGGAAACAGACGAUCAUAGCCCCAGCCAAGAUGAUAUCAGUGAGACUCGGCCCUUAAUAACAAAAGAUGGAAAUUCGGAUCAGAACAAAGAAAACGACUGCACAGGAGUUGUGGCCAAUUCACUGGAAUUGAGUAAUUUGAAAAUGACCAUUUCAUCACCAGGGCCUUGCAUUGAAGGUAGUUCUGUGGGGGAAACCGACAAUUGUGCAAUACAUAGUGACAAUAGACCUAGCGAUAUAACUGAUAGUGAAAACAGGCUUCAUAGUGAAUUGUCAGGGAAGAAGGAAUUCAUUGGAUCACCUGAAGGCUGUUGUUUUAAAUUGUGUGAAGAUGUGAGUGACUCAGAAAGCUGGCGAUAUGAGGGAAAUAGGGGCGAUAUACGACUCAGUUUGGAUUUAGAUUCUCCCAAGAGUGAAAGGACAGAGAAUCCUUCACCUGCAUCAGAAAUGGGGAGAACAAAAACAAUAGACACAUCUUUGGAUUCAGUGUCAAGUCCAAACACAGAUGAAGACAAUUCCGAGUCCACAGAAGGUCCAAAGUGUUCUAGUGCUGCCUUGAUAAGUAACAUUGACCAUUGUUAUGCUGGGCCCACCUUUAUCCCACAGCCAGAAGAAAGAAAUGAAGAAAACACAGUUAGUUCUCCACCAGAGGAUGGUCCCAAAAAUGGGAUAAAUCUAAAAGACCUUCUCCGCAAUCACAAAAACACCAUAAAUGGCCCUGUGGACAAAGGACUCCCAAGUGACAUCAAUCAAACGAGUGAUUCUAUUGUGUCCACCAUGGUUUCUGAACCUCAGGUGGCAAAAACUGUUCAAACCACUGCCCCAAAAGAAGUGUCCCCCAAAUUUGGGAAGUACCGUAUUGGAACUUUUGCAUCUGUGAGCAACACUGCCAUGGGUUUGGAAUCUCCAACAAAAAAGAGGGGUCCAGUCAAGGCCACUUCUCUUCUUACUAACACAGUGUACACAAACAAUGUUCCCUUAGUAGUCACCCAGGGAGCUAGAACCUCCCAGUUCUCGGACUUGACACUUCAACAAGUCUUGGAAAGGAAGUGGGUCAGUGUUACGGACCAUGAUCAUGACUAUUGUCUCCCAAAGUUACAGGGUCCAAUCCCCUCCACUAAGAUCAAGAAGGCAGAGGACAAAAGAGUGAAGAAAGUUGUGCAGACAGACAGUACAGACACAGAAUCUAACGACGAGUUCAUUCAAGAUGAGGACAGUCUGCCAAGCUCUCCUCUACCCGCCCCUACCACUCGACAGAGGAGUGCAAAAUCAGAGAAAGUGGCCGAUUACAUCAAGGGAGGAACAUCAGAUUCAAAACUAAAAAUAACAGGCAAAUACCAGGAUGAUUAUAUUUACUUUCUUAACACGAAAUUGAGAAGCCGACGAAGAACCACAAGUGUGGAUGAAAAAUCUGUACCACUCAAUAAGAUUAUGGUCCCUCUACCCAAGCCUGGGGAUAUUGUGGUUCCCCAUUUAACAGAUGCAGAUUUAGAGUUGAUUAAAUCUGGAAAUAGUGAUAAAAUACCACAGCAAAUGUGUUCUAAUACUGACAAUCUUCAAGCCCUAAAAUCCACAGUGCCACCCCAAGCAACAGGGACAAACUCAAGCAUCUCUGAUGAAGAGAGCAAACUCAUUAACACUAUUCUCAGCAUGGAAACUGGGGAUCAGAACCCACCAGUUCCCGUAAAUGAGAUCCCUAACUUUGGGGAGCCCCCAGCCCUGUUUGGAGGAACCAAUGACGACAUUCUAAAUCUGACCCCAGAGCAGAUGGAGAUACUAUAUAAUGCCAUGGAUGAGGUGCAGAGUGAGUCUCCAGACAUCUCUAGCGCUGACAACAAAUUCAACUUGGAGGUUCCGACCUCCUCGACUUCAACCAGCAACUUUCCUGUGGGAGCGAGCGAAGUUCCUGGCCAGCAGAUGCUUCCGACCUCUAGUGUUGCUGGAACAGUGGCUACUCCAACUGCCACCACCAGCAGUACAUGUACCGCAGUGACCACAGAAAACACCUUCUCGGAGCUGUCCACCAUCCCAGCCGAGAAAUCCUCUCUAGACUUGUUCGGGUCCGAGUUGAAACUUUUCCCAGAGCCCCCUGUAGAAAACAGUCCAGCAGUGCUACAAAAGCCAGCACAGCCGACAACUGUCGGAUCAGCGGAUACAUCCGCUCCCUGGAUUGUCACCGUCAGCAUGUACUGGAACGACUUACCGGCCAUCAUGAUUGACAAUGCCCCUUUUGUGAGACUUGUGGACAUUCAUAAACAAAUACUGCCAGCUAAAGACACGGGCAUACUGAAAAAACGAUGCCAGUUGUUGGGAAUUGAAGUGUUGAACUGUACUGAGAUGCAGCGUUAUUUUUUGGUUCAGUAUGGCAAGGCUUUUAACUCAAAGAGCACCCUGAUCAUCAGUAAAGAUGAUGCCAAGUCAUUGAUAGGUUAUUAUGUGAAUCCAGGAUCCCAUCCCCCCAGGGUGAGGUGUCGUACCAUGGGAGAAAAAACCAGGGUUCCUGUACAAAACAAUAGCAGCAAGAAAAAUCUUUCAAAGGCAGCAGUAAUAGAGUUUAAGGAGGAAGUGAGAGAAAUAAACCCAUUACCGGCCAUUCCCCCUCCCCGCGUCGUACCUCAGCAACCGCAAUCAAGGACUCGGCACAAGAAAAUCAAUUUCCUUGAAAUGCUGAAGGGAGAUACUAACAACAACACGACGGAGGAGAGUGAGGUGGAGGUUAAGGAGGAGAGCAAGCCCGAAAAGACAAAGCGGGGGGCAUCCAAACACAGAAUGGACGGGGAGAGUAAAAGUUCGGCCGAGAAGAAACAGAGAGUAGAACAAAACGAAAGUGAGGGGCACAUUGUCAAUUCUAACUCAGAGGAAUCAGGAAAAAAUAAAAGUGAUCAUAAUAAACUGAACAACACAUCUUUACAACCUAAGAAACUGAAGUUUGAGAAAAGUAAGAAAUAUCCUGGUCCGUUGAAAGUAAAGUGGACUGUUUUCAAUAGUAACAACAAGCAGCAACAGACUGAAAGUGAAGAGCAGGAUUUAAAUGGCAAAGAAAAUAUUCUUUCUGUUGUCCACAAGGACAUGACUCUGAAAAAUGGUCAGAGAGGAAGGAUGCAGGCGGGUAAUGUGUUCUUGGAUUUGUACAAGGGUCCCCUGGCCCCUUGUAUUCGAUGUUGCACGUGUGAAAAAUUGUUUUCUAUCGAUAAUUUCUUGAAACAUUUGCAUGAUGUAAAUGGAUCUAACAAACUUCUCGUCGUGAGACAGCCCCAGACAUUUGCUCUGAGAGAUUUGAGUCCAUCAGUGUACCAGAAGAAACUUUGGGAGCAUUUCUUUAAGAAGAGAAAAGCAUUUAAUGAGGAACUUAAACAGAAACGAGUAGAGACCAAGGACAAAACAACUUCUUUGAGGAAUGAAAGCCAGGGUGUUUCAAGGAAUGCAGAUGUGAGAAUUAGUGGCCGUAAGCGUAGACCAAAACAACUGCACCCAAUAGAAAACUAUCGUUAUAAUUUACCGAAGGGGGUCUCGAAUGCCACUGAUAAAGUGGACUCUCUGGAUGCACCCUCUCCAAGCAAGAUGAGGAGAACCAUGGACACAUCGACCAUGUGUGGAGACAGCAGUGUAGAUGGAGCUGAGAGUGUGGUGACCUUGACGAAUGGCCCGGAGGUCACAAGUUUCACAGCUCUAGAAGGGGCAUUUGAUGUGUAGACAUUGGGAGUUCGAAGGCUUGAGGGAAGGUUGAAUGGGAGAUAACUUUUAGAUUAUACAAAGCAUGUUAAUGUCUUGUACAUGGAGAUGUAAAAUUUUUAUUUGUCUUUCAUUGUUUGUUAUAUUAAGUAAUUUCAGGGACAAUAACCUAGCACUGUUUUGCUAUUAUUGUUCAUGUUUUGCAUUACUACCAGAUUUCUUGAUCGUUAUCAGACUGAAUUAUUUUUUAUCAACUUCAUGCAUGAGAGGAUACUUUUUUUGGGGCAUGUUUAAAUUUUUUUUUUCUAGUUCUUUGUUAAUCAUGAUUUCAAUCUGUCUUGUUUCUGUGCCGAAGUAACUAGGCUAUCCAGUUCACUUGCUGGCAUGCUUCAUGUUACAUGGGAAAUGCUGGUAGGGAAUGAGACUUAGUGGAAGUUCUGUGUUGCAGAAGAACUGAAGCAAGACCUUUACAGUGUAAGAGAUACCAGGAUCAAUACAUGAAACCUUAUGCUUGGCUGAAGUUCCAUUGUAGGAGUUUGAUAACUUAAUACUGUACAAGUUCAAUGAUAUUUUACUCAUUACACCUAUCGAGUUUGGUUUGGGGCUCAUUUCUAUGUAGUUUAACACGUAAUAGAUUGCUUAAUAGCCGUUCAAAUAUUUUUUCUUGCCAUUAAAAUUAGCAGAUACAGAUUAGAAAUGUGAGAGAACGCACCAAAAUGCUAUUAUUUUGCAGCAUACUUUGCACCAUUAACAUCAGUUAUAGAAAGGCAUUUUAUUUGUAGUAGUGGGUGUCAGUAUCAGUUUUAUUGUAAUGUUCUGUCACUAUCUGGAUCUGUUCAAGUCAUAUAGUGCAACUCUCACUUUAAUACCAGAAAGUUAUAAUACAUUUUAUACCUGUAUAUGUAUAAUUUGAUACAAUAAGUACACUUAAUAUUGAAAAAAGGAUCUUCAUGUACAAAUAAAUUUACACAGUAAUCAGGUAUCCUGUUUAAAAGGAGUUUCCACUCGUAGCUUUAGAUUUCAGUGCUGUUGUGUUUAAAGUAUUGGAAUUGUACUAGUUUUAACUGUUCUUCUGCAUUUAACUUUUCCUCCUUUAAUGAGUUGUGUUAUGAAUUAACCCAUACAUGAAUUACCCAGAUUCUGCAAAGAUUUGCUUAGUUAAAUUGCCUCUCUUUGAAUUGGACCCAUUUCUGUAAACUUACUGCAAAAAUGUGAUUUGAAUUCUUUCAUUUCAUUUUGAUUUGAAUGCUACUACAUGUACACAGAAAAAUCAAUGGAACCUCAAUGUAACAAUUAUGUGAGUUAAGUGACCAACCUAAACACCUCAUCAUUUACGUAACAAGAAAAUCCAGCGCAUUGAUUGUAAAUAAGGAUGUAUUUUUAUCUACAUUUACCUGUGCACACCUGUAUAUAUGUAUUGUCUACAUUGCUGUUACCAUGGUUAUUUACCUUAUAGUGCUGUUUGCUAUCAUGAUUGAUGUCCAAUGUUCAAAGAAAAAAACUUUAUAAAAUUGUGAAAACCUCAA